AUGAUUAUGAAAAACGACCGGGACUGCAUUGCCGCCGAGGCUAUCAUGCCUGCUCAGCCAGCCACUACCAAGUCCACCUCUGCUGGUGCCAAGAAGGAUAUUUCAAACUACACCUUUGAGAGAACGUUCAACCCGGAAAUCAUUAGAAACUGUCAUGCGCUCAACUCUCACGCUUGGUCCAAUGAGUUGACCCCUGAACAAUAUGUGGAGCGUGAGAAAUUCAUGUCCACCGUCUCCCUCUCUAAUGUUGCUUCGGAGCCUCACCAUGAUGGUACCUCCGUAAACGGGUUCUACAAUCUCCGUAAGGGUCCACAGGCUGCUGGUUUGGCGGGUAUUGCGUACUAUAUCGUUCGUGACCUUACCGCCAAACGCAAAGAAGGUGACGACGACAUGUUCGACGUUGCCUGUGCAUGCGAGACGUUAACCAGGCUGAGUUACAUCGCUCACCCUGGAAGCGAUGGGGAAGCCAUUAUCACCAAUGUUAUGUCCCCGUGCAUUGGUGGUGUCUUUGUCCCAGCAAAGAGCAGAGGUUUGAACUUGGGUAACAUUAUGAUCAACAAGUUGAUAGACUAUUUGAAUAACGAGUAUGCCACUUCUUACAAGCAAAGACUCAGUGCGGGAAAUCCCAAGGGUGAAACCUACUCCACGUUGUACAGUGAAGUAGGCGAAUACUAUAGAAAGUUUGGCUACAUCUCCAGAGGUAUGGACUUGAUCACAGUUGACUACACCCACGCAGAGGUUCCUGCUACCUCUGCCUACACUUUCAAGGCAUACAAAGUCAAGGAUGACACCACUCUCUUGCACAAGCUCCACAACGACCAGGUCUUGCGGCAGUUGGCCCUGGCAGUUAAGACCACCGGGUUCAAGCAAAUUUCCAACACCCCUACCUUAGAGAACUUUAACUGGCACUGCUUCAGGUCCAUUUUCAUUUCAAACAACUUGAAGGUGUUUGGUGAAACCGACUCUAAGGAUGAAUUAGUGUUUGCUGUCAGCAUGUAUGAUCCGUCCAAUCCGGAAAAGAUAGUGGCGAUGACCACCUUUACCCAUGACUGGAAGAAUCGCAACAUUUACAUUUUGAAGAUUGUGCUCGUUGAGCCCCAAACCUCUGCCGAUGCCUCCAUGAAAUUGAUUGAUGAGUUGUUCCAACAAAUUCGCCGUGAGUCACAUGUAAAGUAUGGUGACUUCCACAAGAUCAACCUCUGGCAAUCCGAGUUGUUCCAGUAUGGCAUUGAUUCGACCGAGCAGUUUGCCCAGGUCUACGCCGAUAAGAACGGUGUUGACGCUUCUAAGGUGGCCAUCUCUGUUUCUGAGAAUGGCUCCAUCUCUGCCGCUAGAUUCCAUAAUUACGCCGAAUCUGAAGACGGCAAGGUUGAGAUUGUGGAAGAAAACAUAUCCGUGGAUGUUCCAUUUGGUUGGAUUGACAACGGUAAGUGGUGUUGGUUCUAG